CGUUAUCAAUGGUAGACAGAGCUGCCUCGAAAAGGAUUGGUUCAAUGCCGUACCUCCGAGAUGCUGACUUACAAAAUUAUAUCUCUUCGAGUUCGUCAUCUUCCUCUGAGAACAAUGGCCAGUGGGUAUCCAUGUCAGAAGAUGUACAGUUUAUGCCAAAUUCUAAUUUGCGUCCGUUGCGAAAGCCUACUAGAAAACUUCGUAAGCUCGAAUCAGCAGAAGCGGAAGAAGAAGAAGGAGAGAGUACAACAGGGGCAUGGGAAGCGUAUGACCCAUACAGCGUACAACCAUUUGUGGAAGGUAUGUCGGAGUACGACGAAUACCAACAAGCCUGGAGAUUAUUGGGUUUUAUGAUAGAUUGCAACAUGUCGGAUGACGAUGACAACAAUGGAUCUGGAAGCGGAGAUACCACGGAAGAUGGUUGUGCAAGAUACGUCCUCUGGGCUGCAGUAAGUAAAUGAUGUUUCGUUGUCAUUGUCUAGUUCUUGAUCGAUGACAAUAACUACAAUCCCCAUGCGUUUCGUUUCGUGAGAAGCCUCUAAAUUGUACGUUGUAACCCUUUCCUUUAUUCUGCAUAUCAUUUUAAAAAAGUAUGUUGAUUUGGAUUACGAAGGAGGUGGAAUCGGUGAAUACCAGUACUGGGAUCGUGAUACUGAGUCAUGGGACGAUACUGCUUGUUAUUACGCGGAUGCCGGAAGUGGAGAUGGCAACAACGAUGGCAAUGAUGACGCAAACAGCAAGUCCCGCUGUGCCAAAAUGGAUUGUCACCUCGAGGAUACAAAUUUUUCUGUUUUGGGAUUUUUCAAGCACCGCAAUUACGACGAUUGGAUGGAGCAAUUGUUCAAACACGAAGGGAUGUGCGUCUGGUCUGAUGAAGAGUAUGCAUUCAUGAAGAAUGCUAGAGAGGCAUGGCCCCAGGGUUGCAUUGAUUCUGGUCUAACGUCUGAAGAUGGUGAAUACAAUCUCUACUACAACAUCAAACCAAUGAGGAAUGGCCGGAUCGCUCCUGGUUUCUACACUGAUACCCAGUGUCUUGACGACUAUUCGGUGACAACUGAUGAGAUGGAAGACAUGAUUGGAAACAUCUUUUUUGACGGAAAUGGUAGUGGAAGUCAAGAUGAGAACUAUGACUUUUCCUCAGAAUCUUUGUCUGAGUCGUUGGAUCGAUGGAAUUCUGCCUUCGAUGUUUGGCAUACUUGUCAUCCAUGUGUAGCACAUGAUCUCGAGAACAUUUAUGGGGAUACGUACACCGAUGACGGGUACAAUUACAACGGCAACUAUAACUAUGGUUAUCGUCGUCGACGUAAGUUAGGUGGGGAAUACAGUGCCCAGGGAGAUAUAUUCGAAUGUUACGAUGAUGCUGGAUAUACCAAUGUCAACCAGUGCAUGAAGUUUUCAGCGAAAACGGUAAUGAAAACGGCAACAUUUCGUGAUUUGUCACUAGCACGGACCCAGACAACUUUGGUUGAAUAUCCUUUGAGCGGAUUUCUUGAUGCUUCUGACCGUUAUCACAUGAAUAUUCUUGGUAACUUUGCCACAUACUUCUGUUUAUGUGCCGUGGUGUUGGCUUUCUAUUAUUCUCUUUACAAUCUGUACAGAGUUUCGAAGGCUGCGGAAGCUGAAAGGCAGCAAGGCAGCAAUAAGGAUUCCCUACUGACGGAAUAAGGUGAUACUGGCAACAUGAAAUAUUCUGAUGCUUCGUAAAUGACUGCUCAUAGGUAAUCUUAUUUGUUAGAAAGACUGGAUUGCAAAGACAAACGAAAAUUUUCGUUUCUUCAUGCUACUUGUGCCACUGAUACGAUCCGACUGGCAUCACUUGUGCAAUCGUCGUCUAUCAAAUAUAUUUGAUGAAGACAA